AUGGCUUACUUUAAUAGAAUAUUCAAAACUCAGCCUUCUGCUCCUCGUGGGUACGGUGAGUCAUAUGAGCAAUGGGGUUUCCCACCAGGAACACAUGUGGAUGUUAUAAGAAGCUUUCAGAUGGUGGAUAGGGAUAGGAGUGGUUUUAUUGAUGCUGCUGAGUUGCAGCAAGCUCUUUCUUCUGCUUACCAGAGGUUUAGUCUCAGGACCAUCCGGCUACUCAUUUUUCUCUUCAAGAACCCCAAUGACCCACUAAGAAUUGGUGAGUGUUUUUCUUCUAUUUCACUGGUGUCUGAAUGGCCUUAG